AUGAACAACGCAAGUUCAAUAGGAAUUUCGGGGCAAAAAAUAUUUUCGAAUGUAAAAUACUUUGUGACUGGAGUUUUGCCUGAAAAUGGAGCUGAAAAAAUCAAUUUUUUUUCUGAUAUGGUGACUCAUUGUAUUGUUGGUGACAAUCCGAGAGAAAAUGAUAUAUCUGAUGCAAAAGACUUAUAUGAAGUUCCGACUGUUACUCCUACCUGGGUACUACUUUCUGUGUUUUGUAAUAAAGUGCUUCCUACAAAAGGGUUUGUAUAUGAACCAAACCAAAUAUUUAGUAAUGUAAUAAUGACAGCUAGCCAAGUUACUUGUGCUGAUUUUAAAGCAAUCUGGGCAAUGAUUACUUUUUAUGGAGGAAAAUUUAAAAGCUCUUUAGAUCAAACAUGUACACAUUUAAUUUGUGGUAAACCAGUGGGUAAAAAAUAUGAAUUUGCCAUCAAUCACAAAAAUAUUAAAAUCGUAACUCCAGAUUGGGUUGGAGAAAGUAUUAAAAUUGGCACCCAAGCUGAAGAAGAGUUUUUUCAUCCUAAAUAUUUGUUGUCUAAAACUCGAGGCAACUCACCUCCUUCAACGAGUGAUUUAUCAACAGCUCAAAUUCUUGAUGAUAUAGCUCCUUCAACAGUAAUUCCUGAGGCACCAUCUUCAGUGUCAUCAACACAAGCCUUAUUAGAAAAACUUAAACAGAGGAUGCCAUGGAAUAGACCACCUUCAUCUAUUGCAUCUCCUUCUGCUAAUCAAAUGCCUUUUCCUCAGUCAUCAUUAGGUGUUAUGCCCCAAAAUAAAAUUAAUCCUAUGCCACAAAAUCAAGUGCUCUCACCAUUACAAGCUUUACCUCCUCCAAAUAAUCAACCAAAUUCAAAUCUUCAACCUACUCAACCUCUAGAAAGAAUGCCUUUAGAUCCACAAAAUAGAACAGGUCAACAAGGACCUCUUUGGAGACCGAAUACUAUCCAAACUGUAAGACCUCAAUAUACUUUAAUACAAAGAGAUGGCUCUGUAGUUCAAACUGCUAAUUGGCCGCAAUAUCAUUUGCAACAGCAAAGGCCACAACAAUUAAAUCCAGCUCAACAGCCUAAUCAUAAUAUACAACAACAACAACAACAAUGUCCUUUACCUCAACAAAAUGCAACUCAGCAUCAACAGCCAAAUCAACAAAUACAGCAGGGACCUGUUUUACAAAACACUCAAAUGCAAAGUCCUCCUCAAGGGUCUAAUGCAAAUACUAUUCAAACUCAUAAUGCAGGCCAACGGCACAUUACUUGGACCCAACAGCCGCAAUUACAAGGUCCACCCAAACAAGUUAUUCAACUUGAUCCUCAAACUCAUGCUCAGCUUAGCCAAAUGGAUCCACACCAAAGAAAUUUGUUUCUACAAAAGAUACAAAGGCAACGACAAAUUAUAUUGCAACAAAGGCAAUUACAACAGCAGCAACAGCAACAGCAACAACAACAACAACGCCCUACUAGUCAAGGCGGAAAAUUAGGUAAUCAGCCUCAACCUUCUUCUAUAUCAGGCCCGCAACAGCCCAAUCAUCAACAGCCUAAUAUUCAACAACCGCCCCAGCAUUCCUCUGGGAUUCCUAUAAGACAACAACAAAUAAUUAUAAGGGGCGUAAUGCCUCCAGGCUUAACUCCGCAACAACAAGCUGUUUGGCUUCAUCAGCAGCAGUUUAUAAGACAGCAACAGCAGCCAAAUCAAAUUAGACAUCCAGGAAAUGCACCUCAAUCUCGUGUUGUACAGCAACAAACGGCAACUUCAACGUGGAUUCCACAGGCAGAAAAUCAACAGCAGCAAUUGCAAUUACAAAGGCAGCAGCAAAUGAGAAUACAGCAAUUGCAAAUACAGAAGCAACAACAAAUUGUUGUUCAGAGAGCGGCCGUUCCGCAACAAUUUCAGGGAUCUGUUGGUGGAGGGCUCCUAGUAAACAACAGAACAAAAACAGCACUUGCUAAUAUGCUUAGCAAUCGCUUACAAACCGGUCAUCUUUCACCUCAAACUCAGGGUCCGAAUCAACCCGAUGGAUCGGCAGCAGGUCAAUUGAGAUUAAUGUCGGCGCAGCAAAGAACUCCUCAACCUCCUCCACCUCCACCACCCUCACAGCCGUCUGCUCAGUUAACGGAAUCUCAAGCAAAUAUUUACGUGCAGCAAAGAAGAGGAGUUGGAAAUAUCGAAACGUUGGCUGCAAAUGCUCGACCGAAUGCAGCCGUUAGAGAUAUUUCACCGUCGACAGGAAGUCCUGCCACUGUGCCAAAAUCUCCCGCCAGAACUCAAUUACCACUUUCUGCAUCCACUACAAGUCCGGGCGGAUCUCAGAAAACUCAAUUUUUUGCUCAUAAUCCUAACUUAAGAAUUCCUCAAGAAAAAUAUUUUCUGGGUUGUGUGUUUUACAUAGUGGAAUACGAUCAAUCGGAAGAUAUUGAUGUAUCCGUUUGGGAAGAAAUAAUUCGUGAUCGUGGCGGAGAAAUUGAGUCCAUUUACAGCCAUAGAGUCACCCAUGUAUUAUGUGAAACACAAAAACACGGUAUUGUCCAGCAAGCUUUAAGAGACGGUAAAAGGUGCAUAACGGCUUUUUGGUUGAAUGACGUCGUUUUGAGAGGUUCUCUCAGCGUUCCAUGGUUGGCUUUACAUUUUCCAGUUCCUUUCGGAAGGGAAAAACCAUUGAGUAAAUAUCAAAUGACGUUAACCGGUUUUGAGGAUAAAAACGAAAGAGAAAGAGUGGCCACCAUGAUACGUAUUGCCGGAGGACAGUACCGUAAUUAUUUAUCGCCGUUAACUCAUGUAGUCGUAUGCCGAAAAGCAGAUGGUCCAAAGUACAAAAAAGCUAAAGAAACGAAUAAAAUAACAGUCAACGUUCAAUGGCUGAACGAAAUACUUUUUGGUCAUUAUUCGUGCAUUCAACAACCGGAAGUUCAUAAAUAUCAACAGUUUAAUUUGUCUGCUUGUUUUAGAGUAGACUAUUCCCUGAUUCCACAUCUUAUGGGAUCAUGGAAGCUACCCAUCAAUGUAACCUCGGAAGCAUACAACGCCGUGAAAAAUUCUCCACCACCCCAUCGGAAAAUAAAAAGGCCAAGAUUGGAGCCUACCAUUGAAGAACGUCUCGAAUUGGAAAACAAAAUACUGGAAUCCGUUCACGUGACUUGUCUGGAAAAUAUGUCAAAGCCGAAUCGGCCCAACAUUAUGGUUACCGGAGACAAGAAUUUCGAAAUAACAAAGAAAGUCAAAGAAAUGGGUUAUUUGUUGACAAACAAUGCCACGAACGUAACUCAUUUGGUUGUGUGUGGAAAACCUUUGAGAACGAUAAAAAUGCUCAAAGGUUUGGUUGCGGCCAAAUACAUAGUUUCCGAUACCUGGCUCAUUGAUAGUUGCAGUCAAAACAAAUUGUUGAGCGAAUCUAGUUAUGCUAUUCAACAAGCGGAUUUCGACGGUUUCAAAUGUAACAUACCGAAAAUUUUGUCUUCUCCCGAUAGAAAUUACUUGUUUAAGGAUAAAAUAUUUUACAUGACGCCAAACGUCGAACCAAGUCGGAAAGCAUUGACGGAAUUGAUAUCGCUUUGUAGCGGUCAGGUUGAAAAGCAAAGACGGUCCGUCAAAGCCAUCCAGGAAUUGAAUAAAGUAACACAAACCUAUAUCGUAAUAUCUUGUUACAAUGAUUUAGCACUUAUUGCCGACGUAUUCAGAGCCAAAAUAGAAUUUUACAGUACGGAAUUUAUAAUGAGAGCCAUAGCAACUCAAUCUAUAGACUAUACGACUUCCGCGUAUCGAUAUUAA